CUGAGAAGACUCGCUUCUCAUUUCUGAAGCUGGAAUAAAUUCGACAAACUCAAGAGCAGGGAUCUGAAUAUAAGGAGCAUCAUGCCAGUACGGAGGGGACACGUUGCGCCACAGAACACUUUCCUGGACACCAUCAUACGCAAAUUUGAGGGCCAAAAUCGUAAAUUCAUCAUAGCCAAUGCACGAGUAGAGAACUGCGCCAUUAUCUUCUGCAAUGAUGGAUUCUGUCACAUGUGCGGCUACACACGUGCAGAGGUGAUGCAGAAGCCAUGUACCUGCAGCUUCCUGUAUGGGCCUCACACAGGCAGGUCUGCUGUGGUCCAGAUGGCUAAAGCAUUGCUGGGCUCAGAGGAGAGGAAGGUGGAGAUCUCUCUAUAUAGAAAAGAUGGAGUUUGUUUCCUAUGCUUGGUGGAUGUGGUUCCAGUUAAGAAUGAAGAUGGACUGGUCAUCAUGUUCAUCCUGAAUUUUGAGCUGGCAGAUCAGCAGGACAUCAUUGCUAACAACUCGCCCCUAAAGGAGCACAACUACAGAUUCUCAAUUCCAUGGCUUUCUAAAGCUUGCAGACACAGGUUCAGGCUGCCCCGGCCUCUGUGUAGCUCUCUAAGCAGCAGCAAGUCAUCUUUGCCUGAUGAUGCUGAAUUGGGUCAAAUGCAAAAAAUGCCACACAUGGGCCAUGAGUCAGUGGCCUUGGACAAACUAUUGUCCCUGCCAGAACGUUCGGCACUAGGUCGGCUCCCAUUGCUCUUGUGGGAUGAUGAACAUCUAGAGCCUCACUGUGAGCUUCAGUCCACACCACCAUCUGAAACUCCUUGCCAUGACUUUUCCUCAUGGCUUGACUGUCCGAAAAAUUCACCCUCUAACUGCAGCAUAUCCCACAGUCGCUCAUGUGAAAGCCUUUGUAGCACACGCCACUUGCCCUCUACCAGUGUUUGCACCAUGGACAGAAAGCUUCCCAUCAGACCCAACAACAUGGGUACCAUGCAUCAUAAUGCCAGUCUGCCUAACUCUAUAUCAGAUUCAGACCUGAUGCGGUUCCGUGUGGUAAAUACGAGUCCUAUAGCAUCAUACAACUUAACUGACUUCAAACCAGAUCCCUUGGUGACACUCUCUUCCAGUGAGAUUGAUAUAAUUGCACCAUGCAAGUUGAUUGAUCGCACACACAAUGUGACUGAGAAAGUCACUCAGGUACUGUCUCUGAGUGCUGAUGUCCUCCCUGAGUACAAGCUACAGGCUCCACGCAUCCACAAGUGGACCAUCCUUCACUAUAGUCCCUUCAAGGCUGUAUGGGACUGGGUUAUUCUGUUACUGGUUAUCUAUACGGCCAUCUUCACACCAUACUCAGCAGCGUUUCUGCUAAGUGAUGAGGAGGAGGCUGCCAGGCAGCAAUGUGGAUACUCCUGCAGUCCUCUCAAUGUGGUGGAUCUCAUUGUAGACAUAAUGUUUGUUAUUGAUAUUGUCAUUAACUUUCGAACAACUUACGUCAAUACCAAUGACGAGGUGGUCAGCCAGCCUGGCCGCAUAGCUGUGCACUAUUUUAAAGGUUGGUUCCUCAUCGACUUGGUGGCUGCCAUUCCAUUUGACCUGCUUAUCUACCGCUCUGGAGAGGAAACAACUACUCUCAUUGGUCUGCUUAAAACCGCUCGGCUGCUGCGAUUAGUACGUGUGGCACGUAAACUGGACAGAUACUCAGAGUAUGGUGCAGCAGUGCUCUUCCUUCUCAUGUGCACCUUUGCAUUAAUCGCACACUGGCUUGCAUGCAUCUGGUAUGCAAUUGGGAACGUUGAGAGAAGUGGUUCAUCACGAAUCGGCUGGCUAGACUCACUCGGAGAACAACUUGGCAAGCCAUAUAAUGACACAGUUCCAGCCUCUGGACCUACCAUUAAAGACAAGUAUGUCACUGCUCUUUACUUCACCUUCAGCAGUCUGACCAGUGUAGGCUUUGGGAAUGUCUCACCAAACACCAACCCAGAGAAGAUCUUUUCAAUUUGUGUUAUGCUCAUUGGUGCACUGAUGUAUGCCAGUAUCUUUGGGAAUGUGUCAGCAAUUAUCCAGAGACUUUACUCUGGAACUGCUCGCUACCACACACAGAUGCUACGAGUGCGAGAGUUCAUUCGCUUCCACCAGAUCCCCAAUCCACUGAGGCAGAGACUAGAGGAGUAUUUCCAACAUGCUUGGUCCUACACCAAUGGCAUUGAUAUGAAUGCUGUGCUGAAGGGUUUUCCUGAAUGCUUACAAGCAGACAUAUGCCUGCAUCUGAACCGCACUCUGCUACAGAACUGCAAAGCUUUUAAAGGCUCCACCAAAGGAUGUUUACGUGCACUAGCCAUGAAAUUUAAAACAACUCACGCUCCACCAGGUGACACUUUGGUCCAUGCAGGCGAUGUCAUUUCAGCACUCUACUUUAUCUCCCGAGGCUCCAUUGAAAUCUUGAGAAGGGAUGUGGUAGUAGCCAUCCUGGGAAAGAAUGAUAUAUUUGGGGAACACAUUAAUCUGUACACAAGGUCUGGUAAGUCAUGUGCUGAUGUAAGAGCACUGACCUACUGUGAUCUGCACAAAAUCCAGAGGGAGGAUGUUCUGGAGGUUCUUGACAUGUAUCCAGAAUUCUCAGAUAACUUCUGGAGCAACCUGGAGAUCACCUUCAGCCUCAGAGACACUACAACUAUUUCUGGGUCUGUGAACAAUGAAGAGUCACAAAAGGCCUACAUGAAACAUAUGAAAAGAUCAACACUUUCCUCCCAUUGCAGUAAUGAGAAAGCUAACACAGUGAAGACAGAGGCCAAACUCAACAGGAUGUCUCAUCAGCCUUUGAGAAGCAGGCAGCAUGAGGAAAAAGAAUGCAAAGUUUAUCAGGACCUGGAUUCCUCAUCUUCUCCAACCAGCAGUGAUGGAGAGAAUGAGUCUAGACAAACCUUAUUGCACAGUCACAGUCCCAGAUUUCACAUAAGCAAAAAAAGAGAGCAGAUAAGUUUGAACAAUUUCUCAGGAGUCUCCAAAAGAUUUAGCUUCUGGGGAGAAAGUCAUGGGCAUCAGUACCAGCAAGUGCCCAGCCACAGUAUGACCUGUCCUCCUCCCUCAUCUCCAUCUAUGGGUUUUUCGCACAGUGCCACCCACCGUCAAAGCAGUCAGGUGGAAAACAGACUGAAACUACUGCAGAGACAGCUUCAUAGCCUAGAGUCUCGUAUGUCCACAGACAUUGGAACCAUCAUGCAGUUUCUUCAGAGACAGAUGUCUCUUGUCCCACCAUCUUAUAGUGCUGUGACCUCCCCACCCGAAUCAUCUCCAAAUCCACCCAAACUUGGACAAAAGCUAGUACAACCUGUCAAUCCGUUAGAAACAGAGACAUCAGCUCUUCACUCUCAGGGUAGUAAGGAUUUCAAGAUCCAAGAUUGUCCUGAGAGUCUGCGCUUUGACCUGGAUGUCCUGAAUGCAUGUGAAGCACAACUGACCAAAUCCAGCAGUCCUGAGAUUCUUAGCAAUGUCACAACCACUGUUCCCGAAAGGCAAGAUGUGGACAUGAUUGGUCCACUCUGGAAUCCUAGUCCAGAAAUAGGGUUCUAUGAAACUAUUAAUCAUCAUCACCCUCAAAUAAGGCAAGAUAUAAUGUCUUCUGAAAGUGCAAGACGCCUUUCUUUGCAAGGUCAACGCACAACAAAUAAAUGCUCCUCAAUUCAGCAAAGACAUGCUUCUGAUCCUGGAUGUUAAAAAAAUUGUCAAAUAAAAAGUCAUUAAUAUUCUUAUUUAAGGAUAAAGAAGAACUAUGACGACAAUAUUAUAUGUGUGGAAUAUUGUAUUUGAACAUGCCUAGUCAUUAACAAAGUGAGUAUGGCAGUAUGUACAGUAUGCUUGCUGUACAAAAUUUUUCCUAGCUUUAUUUGAGUUUACUUAGGUUACAAUAAAAUUACUAAAAGUACAUUAAACCUUUUUUUGGCAAUCUACACUGCUUUACUUUUAAGUAAUAGUAAAAUAAAAGUGCACUGAUAUCUAAUUAAGGCAAAAUACCUUAGAGUCUAUUAGAUUUAUUAGAUUUCUCACUGAAGUCAAAUACAUUAUACAUUUACUGAGCACAUCAUUAGGAAACCCUGUAUGCUUAUACAUUCAUACAACUGUCUAAUAAUCAUGGGGCAGCAGUGCACUGCAUAAAAUCACACUUUUGGCCUGUUAAAAGCAACCAAUCAUCACUUGAACUGCAACGCCUAUUGUUGUUCACCAUGUGCAUCACUUCAUGGCCACAAUGUACUCAUCUUCUGCUGGCUACUUCAAGCAUGCUUCAACAUGUCACAAAGCAAAAGUCAUCACAGACUGGUUUCUUGAACGUGACAGUCCUGUUCAUUGUUUCUGAAUUCAAGAGAGUAUCAUUGGGAUGUGGUACAAUGGGAAAUUCUCAGCAUAAAAGUGCACCUGAGAUUUUUGCAGGAACUUUGUGAUGCAAUCAUAUCAAUAUGAACAUGAAAGAUCUCAAAGGAAUGCAACAUCCUGUGGAAUAUAGACCGCAAAGAAAUGAGCCUGUUUCAAGAGCAAUGUGACACGCUAACCCAAUUUUAGUUGUGAUCCUAGAAGAGUUCAUUGACUUGACAGCACCAGAAAUAAACAUUUCUGACUGAACAAUGUUUCUGAUGAAAUCAUAGCCUGCAAUAAAUUUAAAACAACUGAGUACAAACUCUUGAAAAGUGAUAGGACCAUGAGACUUUGUUCCACCCAGUUAAAUAUUUCAUAUAUUUCAUUGCACUUUAUUGUAUUUAGUAUAUUGUUUAUUGUUGACUAUUCUAAACCCAAUUACCAUCAAUAUCGUUGUAUAUUAAUAAAAUAUUAAUAAAAGAAUAUUUAAUGAACAUAAAAAAUA